AUGCUUCACGGCUUUUCCUGGGGAGGGCUCGUCGCCCGAGCAAGUCUCCUUGCCUCAUCCACAACCCAUCUCGGAGCUCGAGAGGCUGAUACAUACACUGAAAAGGCCUCCAUCUCUAUCCAGAGGCUAAACGACGACUGGUACAACGCUGCCACCGGAAUCUGGGACGGCGCGUGGUGGAAUAGCGGGAGUGCCAUGGCAACACUCGCCGAUUUCACGAUGCUGAGGCUAGAUGAGGCCAAUCGGCUCAACCUUGGAGGAAUUAUGAGGACUACCUUUAAUAAUGCCCAGAAAACCCAGGUGAAAACUCUCAAAACAAUGACCAACGGGCUGGUUUUCUCCACAUACUGCAUCGAUUCCGACUCGGGCUGCAUGGCCAAGCGGGACUUUCUGGGCAAGCGAGGUUUUGACGAUUUCAUCAAUGAAUUUUAUGAUGAUGAAGGUUGGUGGGCGUUGGCUUGGAUUCGGUGUCACGACGCCGCGGGCGAUGCUGACUUCCUAGAAGCGGCAAUUGACCUUUUUAAUGAUAUGGGAACGGGCGCGGGUACACCCUGCGGCGGUGGCAUUUACUGGAACAAAGACCGGAAAUAUGUCAACGCCAUAGCCAACGAGCUGUACCUUUCCGUUGCCGCCUCUCUGGCGAGGCGAGUCCCUGGCAACACCACUUAUCUGGAGAUUGCCAAGAAGCAGUGGAAAUGGUUCGAGGCCAGCGGCAUGAUCAACAAGAACGGUCUUAUUAAUGAUGGCCUGAACGGUUGCAAGAACAACGGCCUUCAGACAUGGAGUUACAACCAGGGCGUCAUCCUCGGUGGACUCGUCGAGCUUGCACUAGCGACUGGUGACGGGGCUCUAAUUGAGAAGGCGCACCGAAUCGCAUACGCAGCCAUCAAGGAACUUACCAACGACGACGGUAUCCUCAUCGAGACGGACGACUGUGAGCUCAAGGACGGCCACUGUGGCCGAGAUGGACAACAGUUCAAGGGCAUCUUCAUUCGAAACAUCCACUAUCUUCACAAGGUCUCGCCAAAGGACCUAUAUCGCAGGUUGAUCAUUAAGAAUGCAGACUCGAUAUGGAAGAACAACCGGAAUAAGCGUAACCAGCUGGGUGUCGCCUGGACAGGUCCAUACAUCGAUGCCACAGGGCCUUCACACAGCAGCGCCUUGGACGUUCUCGUGGCGGCUAUUGGAGUGGCCCAGUGA